UGGGUCCAAGCGAAGUUAUUAACAUUCCCAGCUCACAACGAUCCGAUUGCCGACGCCAAGGACUAAUAAGCACUAGGCAAGCACUGAGCUGUGCUGAGCUGAGCUGACCAUCAAACCACCAACUUAUCGAUAACGCACCGUGCUUCCGAAACUUCCCAAGUCCUAAGUGUUCCUCAAGACGAUAAUAAUUCAAUCAAAUCACACAUAUAAUGUCUUCAUCAAACAAUCACGCAGAGGACGUUUCCGAAAAUGGUGAUGUUGCCACCUCAGAGGCAGAUCUAGCCCAGGCCUUCAAAGAACUUCAACGCGGCGAAAAGACAGCACAGAUGCUCGAAUCGAACCUCACCAACCUCGAAAAGAAGAUAGACGAUCUCCUAGCGAGCUUCGAGGCUCAGGGCUCGGCGCAGCCCGAGAUUAAUUCGCAUGCUGCCACUAGCAAUCAGGAGAAAACAACCGAAAAUGGUCGCAAGGAGUCUUGAAUCCGGGGUCUAGAUGCUUCAUGUACCGACGUCUCGUAGGCGCUCCCCAUGUCUUGCGUCGCGACUUGCAUGGAGAUGAGGAUUGUGCUGGCGGGAAAUCCAAAUUCCCAUCGAUCAUGUCGGGGCUAGUUUUUGUACCGCGACAGAUCUUUACAUUAGUGCUGCGACUGUGAGAUGUGCAGAUAGACACAAAGGGUUCCCUACCCAACAAGCCAAUUACUAGAUUCUACAAGGGGAUUAGAUUUCAAAACUUUCAAUGCAAGUAAUGAUGUUAGCAUACACUCUAGAGAAGAAAAAGGAUUAUCUAGGUAUCGAAUUGUAUCCUAUUGUGUUCUUACUUGUCUGGUCUCCACGUUGCAAUUUUGGGAAACUGCGAUUUUUCCGUUUUAGUUACACAGCUCAGUAGUAAUC